AAGAAUUUAUGUACGUGCGGCAUACUUUCGCCGUGGUUGUAUCCAUGGGAACAAUUUAUGUAUAAGGCAAAGGAGAUGUCUCGGCUGAUAUUAAACUGUCGUCGCUUUUUUUUUUUAAUUCAGUACCGUGAAAAUCGAAAAAAACCUAGAAAGAAAUUGAGCUAGUUCACCGCGACUUGUGCUCGUAUCACAUAUCAUUUUGCGGUAUACUUCUGUCCAAUUCCAAACGUACAAUCGAUGAUAGUUACUAAUGUUACUAUGACUUCAAUUAUUUACUGCUAAUCAGAAUAAGAGAUCCGGACGAAUGGCUAAAAAAGGUGGGCAAGCAGUGCUCCAAGAAGAAAUAAACAACGAUGAUGAUUGGACAAAAAUUAUAGAAAAACCUGGAAUGUAUGUCGUUGACGUUUAUACAGAAUGGUGUGGCCCUUGUAUACCAAUGACGGCGUACUUAAAAAAAAUUAAGUUGGAAUUAGGCAGUGAAAAUUUACAUUAUGCUAUAGCAAAAUCUGACAACAUAACUAAGCUUAAACGAUUUCGACAAAAAAGUGAGUCAUAUUGGAUGUUUUUCUAUGAUGGGAUGUUAGUCAAUAUGAUUAUUGGCACCAAUGCUCCUAGAUUAAUGAAAUUAAUAGUGGAGGAGCUUGAACAGUAUGUUAAGUUUAAGAAUGGCGAAGUCCAGAGAGAGUUUAUAUCAUUAGAUACAGUGACUAAUGAGGAACAAAAAAAAUUAAUCGAAAGUGAAAACUAUCAAAAACAGAAAACAAGAAAAGAAAAAAAGAUUAGAGAUUUUAGAAUGAUGAAAGCGAGAGAACAUUCACUGAAACAGUUUUCGGUUAACAUACAAAUUCAAACGUGUAUUGUAUUUUUUCCGCACACGGUCAAAUAUAUUAUGGUGGAAAAACCAGUUGAAGAUGACUCUGAAGAACUAGUCAAACCUCCUGAACCAAUAAUGGUAGAAAAAAGGGUGUGUGAAGUGGCCAACUUAUGUGCUAGUAAGUACGAGGAACUUAUUGUUAUCGAAGAUAAUGAAGUGGAGUUGACGGAAGAUACUUUGAAUGAGUUAUUUUUCAUGGAAAAAGAGUUUCUGGAAAGUUUUCCUCAAGAAUUGGUCAAUCAACUGUUGAGUAAAAAAGUGUAUUCGGUAAUGUUGUCAAUGCCUAUUAUCAAACAUGACACUGCUGCCCAAGAAGUUGUUACAGAAGAAGAAAAUAUAUCUGAACCCAUUGAUUUAAUGGGAGUUAUAGAGCAGAAGUUAAGCACAAUUAUUUACGGUGACGGAACCCCUUUAAGCCCUAGUCCGAAUUCGCUUGCAGAUGUACAUAAAACAGUAAAUGAAUCCGGACAAAAAAUACCAUCGUUAUACACCCCCAGAAAUCCGUUGAGUAAAGCUUCGGCGCUCACCAUUUUGUUCGACACAUUCUGCAAAGAUAAUGGAUAUAUUGCACCCCAGCCACCUUUACCACAGUACCUUGUAAUUUUUGAUAUUAACAAAUCCAACAUCGUGUUACCUAUCAUCGAAGAUCUCGAAGAAAAAGUCGUACACUACGGAUUUUUCCGUUGUGCUGAUCCUGAAAAACCCAAGCUAUUGUGUAAAGAUUCCGAAUUGUUAGCUACAUAUGGUACAGACAAAGUUGGUAAAGACGCCAAAUUGGUGUUGUCUGUACUCAUGGAUGACAAGGAUAAGAGUCUGCUACGGUUCGUUGAUGUUGGACCGAAUUAUGCGAGCCCGGAUUACGAAUCGGGCAUCGACGAUGCUAUUAAGUUUUUCCCAUACGACUUCGAUGAGAUGGAUGGUGAGGUAAAGUUAUGGUUAGCCCAACAGGAGAUCCAGGAUGAGGAGGACACAGGCGUUGAGUGUGGCUUGGGCGAAGGUGAAGAAGGAGUGAUGGAAGAAGAGAACUACCCACAGGAUCAACAAGAACCAGUGCAGUCAAGUGUUGUCAGUUAAUAUUGUGUUCACUUUUUACCGACGGUUUUCGAUUGCAAGUUUGACUAUUUGAAUGUAUAUUCGGAUAUAUUCCGAAUAAUUUUUUUAAGAUUAAAAAAAUUGUUAUAACACAA